CGAAUCUUGUACUUAUCUCGAUCCUCGUUAAUCCCCGGUUUCUGCUGCCUAAGCUAACGAAUAGUUACUCGCUUGACUAAGGUACGCGCUGCUAUCCUGACUGCCUUGGAAAAGCUGGAGCCCUGUUCGCGCUGCUCUGCUCCAACCAGGCUCCGACGUUCUUCCAGCUCAUUUUUCGUUGCGCACAACAUUUGGAUUUCCUUCGCAAAAGUGCUGACUCAAUCGUCUCUACUAUCAGAUAACGGUCGCUUUAAUAUAUCCUCUAUCGCAUACCAGCUGUCAACAUGGAUCUUUCCAAUAUCUUUCGUCUGGUGAACAUCGCCGUGGGUGUGUUGAUGGUUCUCGGCGGUAUCAGUCAAUUCUUUCCCUUCCACUUCGGCCCGUUGAUUGUCGGAAUCUACGUCAUUAUCUUCGGUCUUCUCGUCGGUGGUCUCGAAUUCCUCCCUCAAAUCCCCGACUACGUCUACCGAUACGCCUCCUUCCUGUUUUCCUUCCUCGGACGCGGUGCCUUCUACAUUUUCGCAGGUAGCAUUCUGCUAGACCCUGACAACCUCCUCCGUAUCAUUUCCGGCUCCAUCAUCGGCAUUAUCGGCGUGGGCUACGUCGUACUAGAAUUCAUUCCCUCAAUCGAGCCGCCUUCCAACAUGCGAGAGUCCGACCCCAGCUGGGGCGCUGAGCAAGUGUAAAUCUGACUCGACGCAACAUCUCAAUAGCGACUACACCCUACUCCUACAUGGUGUA